GGCGGAGAGAGGCGGCUUUGCUCCUCCCCGUCUCCGCCGCCACCGCUGACUCUGCCCACGGAGCGGCACAGAGCAGGAAUGGAGGGGGACUUGGCCACGAGCGGAGCCCGGCUGCCCGCGCUGCUGCUGGCGCUGCUCGGCCUCGCGCCAGAGCUCCUCUUCGGCCGAGUCCGGGCGCAGCCCCAGCAGGUGAUCGGCGUCCUGGGGGGCUCGGUGCUGCUGUCCCCGGCGCUGCCCCCCGGCAGCAGGGUGAAGGAGAUCGAGUGGAGCUUUUCGGCCGGCGCCGGGGCCACGAUUCAGGUGGCGGAGUUUGGCCCGGGGGGGUUCGAGCGCCCCGACCCCCACGACCGCUUCAAGCAGCGGCUGGAGAUGCUCAACGCGACGGCGCUGAGGAUCGGGGGCCUGGAGCUGGGCGACAGCGGGGUCUACGGGGCGCGGAUCAAACUGCACCCGGCGCUGGUGGAGGACCAGUCCUUCAACCUCUCCGUCUACGAGUCGGUGCCGAGCCCCCGGACCCGCAGCCAGCUCCUGGCCAGCACCGUGGAGUGGUGCAACCUGACCCUGCAGUGCCAGGGCGCCGGCAAAGGCGCCGUCAACGUCACCUGGAGGAGGGACAACGGGCGGCGGGACCUGGGCACCGACCGCUCGCAGCUGUCCCCGGACGGCACCACGCUGCGCCUGGCCCUGCAGCCCGGCACCGCCAACGCCACCUACACCUGCACCGUCAGCAACCCCGCCGACCAGAAGGUCGUCCUCUUCGACCUGCAGGCCAUCUGCCGGAGCGGGGGGGGACAGGCGACCUUCUCCAAGUCGGGGUACAUCGUCCUCACCCUCAUCCUGCUGGCCGUGAGCCUGGGGGGCGCCUUCUGGUGCUGGCGGCUGAACAGCGAGAAGUCGGCGGACCCAGCUGCCACCCCCGCGGUGCCGGCCGAGGAGGGCCCCCCCGACCCCCAGUACGCCGAGAUCGUGCGCCGGAGCCCCCCGGAAGGUAAUGACCAGGGCCUCCGUCCCCCCGAAAAUAACCCGGACCCGAGCCCGCCGGAGAAAGCGCCGGUCACCACCGUCUGCGAGCAGAUCCGCCGGGCGCCAGAGGACGCGGCCGAGGAGGUGACAUAGGCCCUCAGGCGCCAGCAGCGCUGGAGCAUCGGGACGUAACCCAAGGGCUGUGACGUGCGUUGUGUGCCAAACCCGACCCCUCUCCAGCCCCCGUUUCGGCUCCGGGGACGGGAGGCGCCACCUCUGGGUGCCAGCCGGCCGGCCGCUUUCCCACCCACCUCCGGUUUGCCCAACCCUCUGCCCGAAGCCCCCCCAGCCCCUCGGGGAACAAGGAGACGAGCGGCAGCGAGGCUGGGGUCCCCCCUCCGGCACCGGGCUGGGUGCAGCUCUGAUGCCUCGGGACCGGGGUUGGGGGGGUUGGGGGGGAUGGGGGGGUCCCAGCCCCAUUUCUUCAAGCUGAGACAGCAGGCUGCCCUAGCAAAAAGGGGGG